AUGCCUAAUGCGGUUGCUCGAAGACUUAUAUCCUUACAGAGGAGAUUUUUUUGGGGCAAGGAUGAUGGUCGACCUGGCAUGGCCCUUGUGAGGUGGGAGCUGAUACAGGCACCGAAGAAGUUAGGAGGAUUGGGGAAGAUGAUUGAUGGCCUGGCUAUAGAAGUAGGAGAUGGAAGAUCCACCAGAUUUUGGGAGGAUACAUGGUUGCAAGUGGGAAAGCUGAAAGACUCAUUUCCGAGACUUUUCUUAAUUUCAAACCAAAGAGGAUCGGUAAUUGGGGAUUGUGGGUUUUGGGAUGGGAUAGAGUGGGUAUGGCAAUUACAAUGGAGAAGAGAGCUGAGACAAUGGGAGACGGAUACACUGAACCAAAUGCUUAAUGUCUUGCAAUCUGUUAGACUGAUAGCGAAUGUGCAGGACAGAGUGGAAGAAACUUUGGAUGAGGAGCUUAUGCGAUUCAGAUUUACAAAGGAGAUAUGGAAAGGACUAAUUCUGCCUCGAGUGGAGUUGUUCGCAUGGUUUGUCUUGGUGUGGUGUGCUUGGAUCUUGACAUUUGGACAAACGUGGAUUGUCCCUGGUACGGUGAAAGAGCAUUUUGAGAGUUGGAGAUCAGUGCCAAUGGGAAAAGAGAGGCGAAAGCAUUGGCUAGUUGGAUUCUUCUCAGUUAUAUGGAGUAUCUGGAGAAGCAGAAAUGGUUCCAUCUUUCAGGGAAAGAUAACAAGAAUUGGUGACUGUGUGGAGCAAUCUUUCUCAUGUGCUAAAGAAUGGUGUUGUAAAUAA